AUGACUAUGAAACCAGAGGAUAAGAUCAGCGGGUCUGUCGAUGGCUGCUUUUAUGUGAUCAAGUUUAACUGUCCGCAGACUUUGAAUGCGAUGUCGUAUGACGAUUUCCUGUACACGACGAGGCUGCUGGACCGGGCCGAAAGGGAUCCCAACGUGUACUUCACCGUCUUGCAGAGCUCUGGGAAGUACUUCUCCUCCGGGGCGGACUUCCGGUCGGUGCCCAACAACCCGAGCGGCGACGAGGGCACGGAGUUGACCAGGUGGCUGGAGAAUUUCCUCGCCAAGAACCAGUACAUCACGAGCUCGUUCAUCAAGCACUCCAAGGUGCUGAUCGCGUGUCUGAACGGGCCCGCGAUCGGACUGAGCGCCGCGAUUGUGCUGCUGUGCGAUCUGGUUUAUAGCAUGGACGCGAGGGGCACGAAGAACUUUCUGCAGUUCCCCUUCUCGCAGUUGGGACUCUCCUGCGAGGGUGCCACCUCUGUGACACUGCCGCAGAAGAUCGGCCGCAACGCGGCUUCGACCAAGCUCUUCUUUGGGGAGAGGUUGUACUUCGCUGAUAUGCUCCACUCUGUGAUCAAUCGCGACUACGCUCUGGACGACGGCGACGUAGACAAGUUUAACACGCAAGUGAUGCAAGACCUUAGGGCGAAAAUCCGCGGACUGUACCUACCUGCUGUCCUACAAAUGAAGGACGUGCUGCGGGCAAGCAACGACACGGUGUCCAAACUGGAGCUGGCCAACUCGAAGGAGGUCCAUGGCGCUCUCCCCUAUUGGGUUGAUGGUGAACCUCAGAGAAGGUUUGCAAGACUCAGAGACGCCAAGCUGGCCGCUCGUGGUCGCAGCAAGAUCUGA